AUUGUAGCUAACUUUAGCCACAAGACCGUCCAUCUGAAGGGUGUUACAGUUAAACUAAAUAUCUGGGAUAUGACUGGAAAUGAAAAUAUCCUUAACAUUUCAGUUUGUAAAUAUGCGGCUAUAGUCGUUUAUGAUAUUACGAACAUGGAUUCACUUUACACGGCCAUGGAUUGGAUUAAAGCUUUGGAUAAAGUAAAAACUCCCCCAAUCAACGUGAAGCUUAUUGGAAAUAAAGCUGACUUAGAGAGUAGAAGGAUGAUUAAUCUCGAGAAAGUACAAAAAUACAGUCAUGAAAACAAAAUUGAUCUUAUGGAAACAUCAGCAAGAACCGGUUUGAAUGUCAACAAAGUCUUUAAUACUAUAAUUGAUGAAUUCCUCAUGUGA